UAUUAAAUAAGCUCUCCUGUUUUAAUUAUAUACAUAAAUUUUAAAGUCACACAUUAGCUGGUAUUUUAACUUCGACAAUGUACGGAGCGACAACAGAAGAAAAAGAUCACCGUCAAAGUUCAUCUGACGAAAGUGACGAUGAAAAAAUAAAGUUGACAAAAUUAAAAGAUGGCGAAAAGAAAGAAAGCGAUUCUGAAAGUGAUCAAAGAUUGGACGAUUAUUUAAAAGAAAACAAGGACAAGAUCAAGGCGAAAGCCAGAGAUUAUGGCGAAGGUUUCUCAGUGAUUGGUUUAUCUAAAAUCUUGUAUGGCCAUCCCAUUGAAAAGGUUUUCUGGUUGAUUUGCUUAAUCGUUGGUAUAUCCGUUGCAGUGUGGCUGCUCCAUACUUUGGUUGUCAAAUACACUGGGCAUGAAACAUACAUCGACAGUAGUACCAUUAUCACAUCCACAAAUAUAUUUCCAACGAUUACUUUCUGUAAAAAGCGCAUGCGCAAGAGUACCUUUUGCGGCUUUGGUAUCGCCGGUUCAAUUCAACUGAGUAGCUUGAUAUGGAAAUCUUGCGAAAGAGACAAUUCCUCGAAAGUUGGAACGUGGUCUAUGUCAGCUUCGUCUGGUUCUAUAAGUUGGAAAAACGCGAACUACCGUGUCACGUGUCUGUCACGUAAUUUAUGCAUGAAUGCAGAUAUUAGUCAAGAAUAUCUUAUUAGCACUCCCGGGAUGGGCGACGAUUGCUUUACGUGGAAUUACAAGGGAGAUUAUUUUAACAUGCGUGGUGAGAUUGAGUUAGAAAUUGGCAUCAGCAGCAGAUUUUUUAACAAAGAUAGGGAUGUUUUAGAAGCUAUCAUUCAUGAGUCUAAAGAUUACCCGCUCUCACAAGACAAUGCAGUCCGUUUAACUCCAACGUUAGAUUACGUUUUAACCUUCCAGAAAACAGUAAACAUUCGAAUGAAAGCUCCAUUUCACUCCGACUGCCAAAAAUCAGACAAAAGGAAUAUAUUUCCUGGAAAGUACUCUGUUACGAAUUGUGUAGAUUCUCUCCAGUGCUUGGACGUGUUGAAACAAUGCGGAGAUACGUAUGAUUUUUGCUGGAAAUUCAUUCCGAAAGAUAUUUAUGAGAAGUAUCACAGCAACAAAACCAUCUUCGACAUUUAUCAAUGCUUGCGAGAAGCCAAUAUUUCAGAUUACUCUGCGAGUUGUCGAACACCAUGUAACGAAACAGAAUAUCACGUGACUUCUUCUAGCUACCUAUUAAAGAAGUCAUCAUGGAGUACUAGUUUUACGCUAACACUGAAGUAUCAAAGUCCGUAUGUUUAUAAGAAGGUUGAAGAAAAAGAGUUAUAUCACUGGGAGGAGUUGUUCAGUGAAAUAGGAGGUACUAUAGGCUUGAUGUGUGGAUUCUCUAUCUUGUCAAUCGCUGAAAUAUUCGUCUACCUGCUGUUACGGUGCUCGUCAAAGUUUGCGAAGUAAUAAAACUCUCGAAACUUUUUUUAUAUAUUUUUGCUAACUUGUGUCAAAAUAUUGUUCACGAUAGGUAAAUUUAGUUAAACAAUAAAAAGGGAUGUACGGCCUUUAAACAUUCAUUUAUUUGCUGCAACUCCGGGACGGGGCAGAAAUUCGGAAAUUGCAACCACAUGCAAUUGAGAACGCCGUUUCUAUCCGAGUAACACGCAGUGCAAGUUUUUCUGAAUUCACUUGUCCAUGCUUAGAUUUUUUUCGACUCUUAUAGGUUAUUUAGUCGACUCUUAGGUUAGUUAGUCAGAUCUAAAUCUUAAGAGGUACUUAAGCGUUUUUAUAUUAGUUUGUGGGAUUAUUUGUGCUAGUUUAUUUUUGUAUUAUAAUUUUUACAUUAUUUCAUAUAUCUAUA